UGGAUCUCCACCGUGGAUCACAAAACUUAGGUUCAAGGCAGGCUCUAGGGUUUAUAUAAAUCCUCGGGUCUUCAUUUCCAGUCCGCCAGGUUCUGCAGAUCGCAUUCGCUCUCUGCUAUUUCCUUUCUCUCUCUAGAGCUUCUGCGGAUCCUCUCCCUCCUCCCUACUGCCCUUGAACUAACAGUGUUAUAUCUUGCGUAUUGAAAGAUGGGUAAGGAGAAGGUUCACAUUAACAUUGUGGUCAUUGGCCAUGUCGACUCUGGCAAGUCCACGACCACCGGGCACCUUAUCUACAAGCUUGGAGGUAUUGACAAGCGUGUGAUUGAGAGGUUCGAGAAAGAAGCUGCUGAGAUGAACAAGAGGUCAUUCAAGUAUGCUUGGGUUCUUGACAAGCUCAAGGCUGAGCGUGAGCGUGGUAUCACCAUCGACAUUGCCCUAUGGAAAUUCGAGACCACCAAGUACUACUGCACUGUCAUUGAUGCCCCCGGCCAUCGUGACUUCAUCAAGAACAUGAUCACUGGUACCUCUCAGGCUGAUUGUGCUGUUCUCAUUAUUGACUCAACCACCGGUGGUUUCGAGGCUGGUAUUUCCAAGGAUGGCCAGACUCGUGAGCAUGCUUUACUUGCCUUCACCCUCGGUGUGAAGCAGAUGAUUUGCUGCUGUAACAAGAUGGAUGCCACCACCCCCAAGUACUCCAAGGCCAGGUACGAUGAAAUUAUGAAGGAGGUUUCGUCCUACAUCAAGAAGGUGGGAUACAACCCCGACAAGAUCCCAUUUGUGCCCAUAUCUGGUUUUGAGGGAGACAACAUGAUCGAGAAGUCAACCAAUCUUGACUGGUACAAGGGCCCCACCUUGCUUGAGGCCCUCGACAUGAUCCUAGAGCCCAAGAGGCCCUUCGACAAGCCCCUUCGCCUACCACUUCAGGAUGUCUACAAGAUUGGAGGUAUUGGAACUGUCCCCGUGGGCCGAGUGGAGACUGGUGUCCUUAAGCCUGGUAUGGUGGUUACCUUUGCUCCCUCGGGGCUCACCACUGAGGUGAAGUCUGUUGAGAUGCACCACGAGGCUUUGCAAGAGGCCUUGCCUGGCGACAAUGUGGGGUUCAAUGUGAAGAAUGUGGCCGUGAAGGAUCUGAAGCGGGGAUUCGUGGCCUCCAACUCUAAGGACGAUCCUGCCAAGGAGGCAGCCAACUUCACCUCACAGGUCAUCAUCAUGAACCACCCUGGCCAAAUAGCCAAUGGUUAUGCCCCUGUGCUCGACUGCCACACCUGUCACAUUGCCGUGAAGUUUGCUGAGAUCCUCACCAAGAUUGACAGGCGAUCUGGCAAAGAACUUGAGAAGGAGCCCAAGUUCCUCAAGAACGGUGAUGCUGGUUUCGUUAAGAUGAUCCCCACGAAGCCCAUGGUGGUGGAGACCUUUGCUGAGUACCCACCCCUGGGUAGGUUUGCAGUGAGGGACAUGAGGCAAACGGUGGCAGUCGGUGUUAUCAAGGCCGUUGAGAAGAAGGACCCAAGCGGUGCCAAGGUCACCAAAUCUGCAGCCAAGAAGAAGUAAUGUUUUCUUACUCUUUACCUUUCUCUGAAAGGUGGACAGAGGAGCUGGUUAAAAAAUGACCUUUUAGAUUUUGAGAUUUCUUUUCCGAGGCCUAAAUAUAUAUUUUGAGUCAGUUUUGUCAUGGAUUUUGCUUUUAGUUUAGAUGAAUUGGAUUGGGUUUGUUGGUAGCUUCAGUUUUUUUUGGAGUUUUAUAUGAUUUUGUAUUUGGAUGAUGUCCUCUUUGUUCACCGAUGGUUUAUUUAAGGUUUGAAUUUUAUAUGCA